AUGACUUCAACGUCCAGUGUACCACGCAAAAUGCUCGCGAAGCUACGUAUCUCCCGCAUCUGCUUGUUCGUGCUGCUACCCAUGUGUGGAAUACUGUUGCCGAACUCGGCCAGUGUACUGGGGCAGAAUCUAACCACAAUUGACCAGAUAGUAGCCCAGUCAACCACAACAAUAUCAGCAACGAACGAUGGGGCGCUUUGUGCGCGGAUUUGCCAAGCUGGGCGGUCACGCAUCUGUCACUACACAUUUGUUCUGGAACAUUAUCAAGCAAUGGGCGUCGCCUGCGGUCGUUGUGCCGCUGGCAAUUCCAGCGAUUGCAAUGCUCCACAAUGCAUUGUUGGCGAUGGAUUCGAAAGAGGCGGCGUAAUGAGCAUAAAUCGGCAAUUACCAGGACCUGCUCUGCAUGUGUGCCAGAACGAUCUUCUGGUCAUUGAUGUGGUCAAUAGGGCCGGUGGCACGACCACAACCCUGCACUGGCACGGCAUGAGUAUGCGUCAGACCCCAUAUAUGGAUGGCGUCCCGUAUGUCACCCAAUGUCCGAUUGCCUUUUCCAAUACCUUUCGGUAUAGUUUUGUAGCCACCGAUUCUGGCACACAUUUUUAUCAUGCCCAUGCUGGUCAUCACAAGGAGAACGGACAGUACGGCGCCCUCGUUGUGCGGCAACCAACAUCACCGCAGGUCAGUAGCUACGAUUACGAUUUGAUGGAGCAUCUGCUGGUCAUUUCAAGCUGGAUGCAUGUGCCGGCAGAGAGUCUGAUGCCUGGUACCCCCAACACGAUCCUAGCGCCGGAUGCGGUGCUCAUCAAUGGGCGUGGAAGCUAUAUUGAACCGAGCUCUAGGGUGCGACAGGCGCGCAUUCCUCCGCAAGUAUAUUUCCUGCAGGCCGGAAAGCGCUAUCGCUUUCGGGUCAUACAUGCUGGCAGUCAUGCCUGUCCCUUCAAAGUGCAGGCACAGCGGCAUCUCCUGCGUAUCAUAGCCAGCGAUGGAUUCAAUGUGGAGCCACGAACUUUUGACGCACUAAUUAUCAAUUCUGGCGAGCGCUACGACUUCGUGCUGUUGGCCAACAACACCAGAGGCGAUUACUGGCUUCGCGUGUCGGGUCUGGGUGCCUGCAGCCGUCUGCCCACUGAGUCCUUGGCACUUCUACGCUAUCGUAGGGCAGACGCAUCCCUAGCGCAGGAUGCAGCGCGCCCCUUGCCCACACAGCCCAACUUUAAUAUCAACUACCCUGAGAAUAAUGUGCUCAAUAAUCCCAUGACGGGCUGCCGUCCCGGUGAUCAGUGCGUCAAUGAGCUGAUCUCGUUGGAACGUGAUGAGCAACUGCAGUGUGGGGUUGUCCAGAACACCAUUUAUCUCUCCUUCAAUAACUAUGUGGUCUCCAAUGCGGAAAUAUUUCGGAGCGGCUACUACAAACACUUUCUGAAUCUGAAUGCAAACACAACCGUUGUGGGCGCCAUCAACAAUCUGAGUCUGACGUUUCCGCCAUACCCGCCGCUGACGCAACCGGAGCUGAUUGACGACGCACAUUACUGUGACGCAAGGCGACGACCUGCAACCUGUGCCAACCAGCGGCAGUGCAUGUGUGUGCAUCGUUUGCAGGUGCCACUUGGCGGCACUGUCCAGCUAGUCAUUGUGGACGAGAGCGAGAGCGUUGGCCCCAUACAUCAUCCGUUCCAUUUGCACGGCCACCGAUUCACCGUUCAUGCCCUCGGGCAGCAUCCGCAAGGCACGCCCAUGACGGUGGCUUUGGCCCAAUCGAUGGCACAUCGUGGUCAAUUGUUGCCCGCUGCUGCAGCUGCCUCUUCCUCAUCCUGCAAAGCGAAACCGCCGUUUAAGGACACGGUAUCGAUACCGAGUCGUGGUUAUGCGGUUGUGCGGUUUAGGGCAGAUAAUCCGGGUUUCUGGCUCCUGCACUGCCACUACGAGUGGCAUCUGGCCGUUGGCAUGGGCCUCAUUUUGCAAGUUGGCCAACUGGGGCAGAUGGUGCGACCGCCGGCCAACUUUCCGCGCUGCUACAAUUAUAUGCCGCCCAUCGAGUGGCCACACAAAUGAGCUGUAAGCUACUUAGUUACUACUGUACUCGAACUAUAAAUUGUAAAUUAACAUAAAGUUA